AUGUGCGAGACUGUAGUGUGCAGGCAACCAAAGUCCGAGUCGUGCUCCCCUGCGACGGCAGCCAAGUCCUCCCGAAGAAAGAAGAUUGCUGCAGCUCUGAGCUGCACGGCGGCCCUCCUCGCUGCGCUCCGGUCAGGCCGGAGCCGUCGAGCCGCGAUAGCCUCCGAGCUUGGCGUGUCAGCUGAACUCGAGCGCAGCGAUGGGCGACGCUCCUGUCAUGUUGCUGCAGCAACCGGAGCGGAGUUCGGGCGCCGCAGCCGGAUCCACUGCGCCUGCUCUUCAGCGGCGUUCGGAUCUGGAUCCGUUCUUCAGUCAACCAGUACCGCCGAAAACCCAAUUGUCCAGCCCGGCCCGGCCCGGUACUUCAGGGCACGCCAGCCAUCGGGCCGGGCCUCCUGCCGGGCGAAAAUAGCAGGGCCUGGCCUGCCGGUGGUUUCCGCCCGACACCACAUCGCUGGUCUAUUUAUCCAUGGCAGCCAAAUUUGCAAUUCGCCGAUCGAGCGCUUCCGCCUCCUGCCUGACGUUAUUCCACAAGCCUCGAUCGGUCGGCGGAUCCUCUCGCCCUCCUCGCCUGCGCGGUGUCUCCGGCCGUCGUCCCCCAACGCUUUCGAGCGCCCCCAUACUUCUCCGAUCGUAGUGCGCCCGGAUUUCAGCUACCAAGUCACCAGGGCCUCUCACUGCCCACGGAUUUCGAGCGCCCCAAUACUUCUCAGACCCCGAUUUCAGCUACAAGUCCCCAGGGCCUCUCCCUGUCCACCACUCGGUCCAAUGGCGGGACGCUUACUUAGCAAGCUGCCCCCCUCAGUCGGGAAGAUCCUGUGGGGCGAAAAGUGGUCCUCCACCCUCGCUUCAGCUACCCCACCUUUCAUCUACCGGCCACAUGCAAGCUACCGAAAGAAACAUAACGUCCUUCAGAAGCUGUCUAGCAAGUACGGGAGGUUGAUGUAUGGGGAUAAAUGGAUUUGGAGACAGAAAUUCUUUGUCCCGCGCAAUGCGAAUGAGAUUAAGAAAGGGCUUUAUCAGAUUAAUGCUGACCGAUACUUUGCGAACCUACGUGGUGCAGAUAUACCUGGUGGUAGAGAUAAGCUCCAGGGAAAAGUGAAAGAGGCGCAUAAAUACGUUGAGCUCAUAGUUGACACCGCAAAGCUAUUCACUAUUCCCCUACAGACGAUUGCUGUAGGUUUGACCAGUACCAUAGUAAUAACCAGUUUCCUAAAGGAGCACAACCGGCCCGGAACCAUUGUCAAAGCUGUUGAUAAGAUGGCUGCUUCUGCUAGGGCGGAGUAUGAUAGCCAUGAGACCCCCGACAGUGGGGAGGAACUCCACAAGAACACUGGUAGCUCAGACAUCAAGUGAGUGGCUUCCCACAAAUACAAGUUGCUGGUUCUCUGCUGUAAAAACCUCUGAUGUAAUGUUGAGAGCAUUUGCCUGUUGUUGAGUAAUUGCUGGGAGCAGUUAAGUAGACAAAUAACAAGUUGCUGGUUCUGCUGUUAACCUGUGAUGCUAACGUUGAGAGUAUUUGCCUGUUGUUGAGUGAUUGCUGGGAGCAAUUAACUAGUUCCUGUGGCAAUUUUUGCUAUCCUGACACGUUUUAGAGCAAGCGAAUAUGUGUGAAACAUUUGGAUGUAUAUGUUUCUGCUAUUCUGGUCUUCAUUUGUGUUGUAUAGUUGGAUCUGA